AACGGCUAGAGAGGCCGCACCCGUUCUGUCACGUGACUCGCUCCUGACUGGGCCAAGUCUCGCCCGCGCUAGGUCACGUGCGCCGGCGGCUUCUUCCUAUUGGCUGCGUUGUCCCAGUUUGAACGGAGUACGGAAGCCGCGCCGGUUCAGUGACGGCCGCGUUUUUUUUCUUUUUCUUUUUUUUUUUUUUAAUUCCCUCUCUUUGGCUCCCUCCUUCCGCGCGAGUCUCUGGAGAAGCCGCAUCGCAAGGCGCCGCUGCCGCCGUUGCCCGGGGCCGGGCUCGCCUUGCGCCAUGGACUGGCAACCAGACGAGCAGGGCCUGCAGCAGGUCCUGCAGCUGCUCAAAGACUCGCAGUCGCCCAACACGGCCACGCAGCGCGUUGUGCAAGAUAAACUCAAACAACUCAACCAGUUUCCCGACUUCAACAACUACCUGAUCUUCGUCCUGACCCGACUCAAGUCUGAAGAUGAGCCCACACGCUCCCUCAGCGGCCUCAUCCUGAAGAACAAUGUGAAAGCACACUACCAGAGCUUCCCGCCACCCGUGGCCGACUUCAUCAAGCAAGAGUGCCUGAACAACAUUGGUGAUGCCUCCUCGCUCAUCCGGGCCACCAUCGGCAUUCUCAUCACCACCAUCGCUUCCAAGGGUGAGCUGCAGAUGUGGCCGGAGCUGCUCCCCCAGCUCUGCAACCUGCUCAACUCGGAGGAUUAUAACACCUGCGAGGGAGCCUUCGGGGCCCUGCAGAAGAUCUGCGAGGACUCCUCGGAGCUUCUGGACAGCGAUGCCCUGAACAGGCCCCUCAACAUCAUGAUCCCCAAGUUCCUGCAGUUCUUCAAGCACUGCAGCCCCAAGAUCCGGUCCCACGCCAUCGCCUGCGUCAACCAGUUCAUCAUGGACCGGGCCCAGGCGCUGAUGGACAACAUCGACACGUUCAUAGAGCACCUGUUCGCCCUGGCCGUGGACGACGACCCCGAGGUGCGGAAGAACGUGUGCCGCGCGCUGGUGAUGCUGCUGGAGGUGCGCAUCGACCGGCUCAUCCCCCACAUGCACAGCAUCAUCCAGUACAUGCUGCAGAGGACCCAGGACCACGACGAGAACGUGGCCCUCGAGGCCUGUGAGUUCUGGCUGACUCUGGCCGAGCAGCCCAUCUGCAAGGAAGUCCUGGCCUCCCACCUGGUGCAGCUGAUCCCUAUCCUGGUCAACGGGAUGAAGUACUCGGAAAUCGACAUCAUCCUGCUCAAGGGGGAUGUGGAGGAAGACGAGGCGGUGCCGGACAGUGAGCAGGACAUCAAGCCGCGCUUCCACAAGUCGCGCACCGUGACGCUGCCCCACGAGGCCGAGCGGCCUGACAGCUCCGAGGACGCGGAUGACGACGACGACGAUGAUGACGCUCUGUCCGACUGGAAUCUGAGGAAGUGCUCCGCGGCGGCGCUGGACGUUCUCGCCAACGUCUUCCGGGAGGAGCUGCUGCCCCACCUCCUGCCCCUGCUCAAAGGCCUCCUCUUCCACCCGGAGUGGGUGGUCAAGGAGUCGGGCAUCCUGGUGCUGGGCGCCAUCGCCGAGGGCUGCAUGCAGGGCAUGGUGCCCUACCUGCCCGAGCUGAUCCCGCACCUCAUCCAGUGCCUGUCGGACAAGAAGGCUCUGGUCCGCUCCAUCGCCUGCUGGACGCUGAGCCGCUAUGCACACUGGGUGGUCAGCCAGCCUCCCGACAUGCACCUCAAACCUCUGAUGACCGAGCUGCUGCAGCGCAUCCUGGACGGCAAUAAGAGGGUGCAGGAGGCAGCGUGCAGUGCCUUCGCCACCCUGGAGGAGGAGGCCUGCACAGAGCUGGUGCCCUACCUCAGCUACAUCCUGGACACCCUUGUCUUCGCCUUCGGCAAGUACCAGCACAAGAACUUGCUCAUCCUCUACGACGCCAUCGGCACCCUGGCUGACUCUGUGGGCCACCACCUCAACCAGCCGGAGUACAUCCAGAAGCUGAUGCCGCCACUGAUCCAGAAGUGGAAUGAGCUCAAGGACGAGGACAAGGACCUCUUCCCGCUGCUGGAGUGCCUGUCCUCGGUGGCCACCGCCCUGCAGAACGGCUUCCUGCCCUACUGCGAGCCCGUGUACCAGCGCUGCGUCACCCUGGUGCAGAAGACCCUGGCCCAGGCUAUGAUGUACACCCAGCACCCGGAGCAAUACGAGGCCCCUGACAAGGACUUCAUGAUCGUGGCGCUGGACCUGCUCAGCGGCCUGGCCGAGGGCCUGGGCGGCCAUGUGGAGCAGCUGGUGGCCCGCAGCAACAUCAUGACCCUGCUCUUCCAGUGUAUGCAGGACUCCAUGCCCGAGGUCCGACAGAGCUCCUUUGCCCUCCUGGGAGACCUCACCAAAGCCUGCUUCAUCCACGUCAAGCCCUGUAUCGCUGAGUUCAUGCCCAUCCUGGGCACCAACCUGAACCCCGAGUUCAUCUCCGUCUGCAACAAUGCCACGUGGGCCAUUGGCGAGAUAUGCAUGCAGAUGGGCGCCGAGAUGCAGCCCUACGUGCAGAUGGUCCUCAACAACCUGGUGGAGAUCAUCAACCGGCCCAACACGCCCAAGACGCUGCUGGAGAACACAGGUCGCCUGACGAGCCCCUCUGCCAUUCCAGCCAUCACCAUCGGCCGCCUGGGCUACGUGUGCCCGCAGGAGGUGGCGCCCAUGCUGCAGCAGUUCAUCCGGCCCUGGUGCACCUCCCUGAGGAACAUCCGGGACAAUGAGGAGAAGGACUCGGCCUUCCGCGGCAUCUGCGUGAUGAUCGGCGUGAACCCCGGCGGCGUGGUGCAGGACUUUAUUUUCUUCUGCGACGCUGUAGCCUCCUGGGUGAGCCCGAAGGACGACCUCCGGGACAUGUUUUAUAAGAUUCUCCACGGCUUCAAAGACCAAGUCGGCGAGGAGAACUGGCAGCAGUUCUCGGAGCAGUUCCCGCCGCUGCUCAAGGAGAGGCUGGCGGCCUUCUACGGCGUCUAGGCGGCCGGGGGGGGACUUCGCCAGGUUUCUGUCUGCGUCAUCUUCGUCAGAGGGAUUGCGGGGGAGCGCGCUGCGUCCGGAGUCGCUGAGCCCUUGGUCGGAGGGGGGUUGGGGAGGAGUGAGCGGGACCCAAAUCCAGAUGCCGCCUUCCCUGUCGGGUCACCUGCCCGGCCACUGUGGGGGGGCAGGGGGAGGGGCCUCCACGCUCAGCCUACAAAACGGGGAGGGGGGUGGGGCUUGAUGGCGGGCGAGAGGGAGGGUACCCCCGACCUCUAAAACCUGGGGUCGUCUCAGGCAGUCCGCUGGGCCAACCACGAGGGCGGGAGAAACCCACAGGGCCGGCCGAAUCCGGCCUGGGAGGCGGCGAGGAGGGGGCGGCAGGCGGGGAGGGAGGGGUCCGCGCGACCCCAGCCGGCCGGGUGGGCCGCCGCCCUGCUCCCCGCCUGCAUGGAGACUAGUUAGUGAACCCCUGAGUUAACCCGUAAGGCCUUCCGUGUAACCUGCAUCUAGAGUUUAAGAAGCUUCUGCUGUUUUUGCCGGAACCGGCGGUGACUGGGGAGGGCUGGGUGGGUUGUGGGGGGGUGGGGCGCCGGGCCUCGGCCGGGACCCCCGGAGGGGGCCGGGGGUGGGGUGGGGAGGAGGGCGGCCGCCUGGGGCCGCCCUUGUCAGCACGUGCACGCUUUGGACCUGCCCCGCACACUUCCUGCGGCAGCCCUGGCCCAUGGGUCUCCCUGUCCUUGUUCCCGGUCCCCACCCGGCCAGCUGGGGCCGCGGAGGGGGGCUGGCCUCGGGCCCCCUCUCUCCCUCCCCUGUGCCCCAGCGCAGCGCCCUUGGAAGAGCUGCGGGGGGCGGAACACGAGCCAGAGCACCGGCACCUGGACACCCCCGCGUGUUGCUGCGGCGUCCCACUGAUGGCGAUGGCAACAGGAAGGAGACCCUGGGGGCGGCAGGAGGGGACGGGGGCGUGUCCCCCAGCCCCCCAAGUUACACACUUGCUUGGUGGCUCUGGGACUUCUGACCCACUGAAGUGCCCAGCGCGCCCCGUGCGCUCCCCGGCCCAGACUGCUGGGACUGGCUGGGGAGGUGGGCUGCGGCCCCGGGGGCGGGGCUCCUGGCGGGGGCCCCCGUGGGCCCGGAGGGGGGCCAGCAGCACCCCCCUUCUGGGUGUCCCCACCCUUUAUUUUCUUUUUUCUUUUCCCCUUGCCUACUUUCUAUUUCUCUGGGGGCUUCUGAUCUGGAGUUUGGCGGGAGUCCUGCAGCAUCCAUUCCUGCCGGGGGCCCUGGACCCCCGCCCCGCCCCGCCCCGCCCCGCGCUCUUCUCCGCCAGGUCAGGCCCCGUCUCCACCCGCUAGGGGGCGCUCAGUGCACAUUCCGUAACGCAGGUGUCUCCUCCCCCGCUCCCUGCGAAGCUCCAGCGGGUCUCUGGAAAGCCAUUUGUCAAUUUUUUUUUUCUUUUUCAAAACUACCGUUUAAUUUCCUGGUAAUUCCAGUUCUUUCGGAGCGACCUCCGCUGGGUUUUGGGGUGUGCGGAUGGAUUGGCCGUCUGUUGAGAUUGGUACCAAAAAAAAAAACCACCCUCGCUGCCCACGACGGGGGAGGGGCACUCCAACUACCUUCAGAGAAGGGGAGCCUGGUUCUUCUAGUUCCUUUUUUUUUUUUUUUUUUUUAAAGAAAGCUAUUUAAUUUUUUUAAUUUAUUUUUAGUUGGUUUUUGCACAACGAAGUUUCAGCUUCUCAACCUUCUUCCCUGCCCAGGGCUGUGGACCCAACAACACUGGCCUCGAUCCGCAGUCUCCCCCCGCCCCACCCCGGUCCUCGCGCCCCCUUCCCUCGUCGCCCUCUCCCCACUGCGGGCUCCCGGGUCUGUCCAUUUGUUACCGUGCUGUGCUGGGGACUGGCGCCGAGGUGGCGUUGAGAUUCCACUUGUGUAGAACUUUGUUGAGUAAAAAAGAUCAGUUUCUUGUGAAA